AUGGAUCAAAUGAACAAGGAAACAAAGUAUAUAAUAGGGUUGUUUGAGAAGGAAAAUUCAUAUUCUAUUAUACCUAUCGGUUGGUUGAAAAAAUCAAAAGAUGGAAUUUUAAACUGUUCAUGGCCCAAUGCUAGUCGUGUUACGGCAAUGUCAAUCAUGAAAGGAGGAAAGCCUUCGCCUAAAUGGACCACCCAUCCUGUCAAACUUAUAGAAGAAUUUGAUUCAUAUGAAGCAGCUGCUGCAAAAGAAAUAGAAUUGUUUAUAUCAUCAGGUGCAGAGUCUCAAAGUGAUUCAGACACUGAAAACAAUGAAGUUCAAGAAGAUGAUUAUAAUGCCAGUUUGUAUUAUUUUAUAAAAUUAGUUUUAGAAUUUAAUUCUCUAGGUUCCAGCAGUGAGGAAGAACCUUUACAAAUUAAGAGAAAACAAUCAACUUCUGAACCAAGUAAAAAGUUCAAAAAGCAACUAAUUCCAGACAAAAACAAUGAUUGUAAUAUUAUAUCCUCUGCUGUAAACACAUCAAUUGGCUUGAACACUGGUUCCAAUAUUAUUGGCUCUAGUAACUAUUUACCUGCUGUUUCAAAUUUAAGCUCCACAUUGCUUAAUGGCAUUACUCCUGAAAUGUUUAUUGGGGAUCAUUAUAAUGAUAUGACACUAGAUGGUCAAUAUUCUGGAAAUGCAGAUUCAUUUGAACAACAUCACAUUUCUGUUGGAGGUACAAGUACAGCAAACGAUGUUGGUGUAUUAAAUAUGACUGAGUUGAAUAGGUUUGAGUCAGAUUUUCAAACAAAUAAAAUGGAUGAAAUACUUCAUACAACAAACAUGUAUUUCACUAGAAUGGAUAGAAAGUUAGAUAUUAUUAUAGACUAUAUAAAAAGUAAUCCGAGUGCAAAUGUGAAACCACCUACAUUAGACUCAAAUUUUUUAGACUUAUUUCCUUUGAACGAUUUAGAGUCUCUUAAAUCUUUUAAUGAAUCUUUAAAAAAUGAUGAUGAAAACUUGACUAAAUUGAUAAAUUUAAUUAAAUCUAUUGGCGGCUCUGACACAAAACAUUUUAUCAAGAGAGUACUACAGAAAUUAUUUUCCAAUAAAUUGGCUACACUUUGUUCAUGGACAGGACAAAAAAACAACUAUCGACUCGUCGACCAUCAAAUUAUAAAAGUCAUGAAACAAAUUUCAAAUGAGCUUUAUCAGAAUGAUGAAAAUAUAUUUGAAAUUCAUGUAAAAGAUUGGUUCAGGCAUGGUUCCCAGCGUCAUAAAAAAGAAACUAGUACAGGUUGUAUUCCACGCCAAAAACGAAAAUCCAUUGAAAACAUGUCUAUUCGACAUUUUAAACGGCUUCAAUUAUGUACAAAACAACCAAAAAAAGUAUCCCAAGUAGAAGAGGUAUGUAGUAUUUCAUCUGAUAACUGUUUAAAUUCAGCUAACAUGGAUAAAAUAAUAGAAACAACUGUGGUCGAACUAACUGAAAACUGUAAUAAUAAUACACAACAGCUUAUACCUAAAAUGGAUUUUUGUAAUAAUAAACAAAUUAACUUAUUACUUGAUGAUUUAAGAUACAAAAUAAAUACAGCUGAUACAUUAAAUCCCCAAGUCAAUUCUAAUAAUGAUGAUAGUUCUAGUAUUAAAGAUAAGCUCCAACAGUGGGUUCUAGCUUACAAUGUAAAAAAAAAUAGUGUAAAUAGUUUAUUAAAGAUUUUACGAUCUGAAGGAUUGGAUUUGCCAAAAGAUGUUAGGACUUUGAUGCAUACUCCAAGGUCACAUGAUAUAAUUUGUAUGAACCCUGGAACUUAUAUUCAUUUAGGUUUAAAAAAAAUGCUUUUGAUUGUAUUAAAGUUUAAUAUUAAUUGCUUAAGAAAUGUUAAUGAAAUAAGUUUAAGUUUUAAUAUUGAUGGGUUGCCAUUAGCACACAGUUCUAAACAACAAUUUUGGCCAAUACUUUGUUCAAUUAUAAAUGUACCUUUUCUAUCUAAAUUAGUUUUUGCUAUUGGCUUAUAUUUUAGUACACUUAAAAAACCAGAGUCUAUAGAUGACUUUUUGAAUUUGUUUAUAAAUGAAGCUAUAGAAUUGGUAAAAGAUGGAAUUAAUGUUGAUGAUAAGGUAUUACGUAUAAGUAUUAAACAAUUCAUUUGUGAUUCUCCCGCCAAGGCGUUUUUGCUUAAUGUGAAAGGACAUAAUUCUCGUGUAGGAUGUAAUACAUGUUUAGAGGAAGGUGAAUAUAAAGAACAUAGAAUGGCAUUUUUGGGAGUGAAUGCUGCAUUGCGUACUAACGAAAGUUUUAGAGCUAGGAGUGAUGACGAGUACCAUAAAGGUAAUAGUCCUUUGGAACGUUUGCCGAUUGAUAUGAUUGAAUCCGUACCAAUUGAUUAUAUGCAUGCAGUUUGCUUGGGGGCAAUGAAACGCCUUUUAAAGUUUUGGGUGAGAGGUAAACAAUCGACAAGAAUACCCUUAGAGAAAUGUGAUGCUGCUAACGUAGAGUUAAAUAAUUUAAGAGAUUUUUUCCCAUCUGAAUUUAUCAGGUUACCGAGAUCGUUGAACGAUAUUGAAUAUUGGAAAGCGAAUGAAUUCAGAACUUUUUUGCUGUUCACUGGUCCAAUUAUAUUAAAAGGAAGACUUAAAAAACAGUUUUAUUUUCAUUUUAUUAAAUUACACUGCGCUAUAAAAAUUUUGGCAACCCCAGCUCUAUAUUCAACUAAAAAUGAAAUUGCUUAUAAUUUAAUAGUUGAGUUUGUGAAAGAAUUUAAAACUAAUUAUGGUUCACAUUUUAUGACGCAUAAUAUUCAUAGUUUAAUUCAUCUCCCAUAUUAUGCUAAGAUACAUGGGUGCCUGGACAAUUUCAGUGCUUUCAAAUAUGAAAACUACUUAGGACUUUUAAAAAAAAGCAUUUCACAUUCUCGUUUUCCUUUACAAGAAGCUGCCAAUAGAAUAUUAGAAAAAAUAAAUAUUAUGUAUAGUGAUCACGAAAACACUAUAGAUAUUGAAAAAUAUAAAUUAAGUAAUGAAUGUGAUGGGGAUAACCAUAUUUUUAAUAAAAAUCAGGAAUUCAUUUUUUAUCAAACCAUAACUUUAACUGGUGCAAAUUAUAUUAUUUCGUCCAAGGUUCCAAAAAAUAAUUAUAUUAUGUUAAUUACCAAUGAAGUGGCAUCAGUUAGGCAUAUAUAUAAGGAUCAAAAAGAAAACAUUUUUUUAAAUGUGUGUAUAUUUAAUAAAUACUCAAAUUUUUUUGAAGUUCCACUAGAAUCAUUUAUAAUUGGCUCUGUCAUUGUUGAUAUUACAUCCCAGUCUAACUUGAAACGCAUAACCAUUAAUGAUAUUAAGUAUAAAUGUUUUUUUGUUCCUUUAUCAACUAAUAAGGCAGUUGUUAUGUCUUUAAGUCAUAAUAUAUUAUAA